AUGACGAAUACAACUUAUGAUCAUUCUAUUGAAUCUCUUAAUUCUUCAAGACGAACAAAUCGAAGUCAAAGUGCAAUUCAAGCUCAUCGUGGUGAUGUACCAAGUAAACAUGAUGAAUAUUUAAUUCAAUUACAAGAACGAAAUCGUCUUCUUAAAGCAUAUCAUAAUCAACGUCCACCAAAAGAUAGUAAUUUAAAAAAACGUGAAACCGGUUUUCAAUUAUAUUUAAAUGGAGCACAUAGUGUACGACAACGACGACCAUCAUCAAUUAUAAAUGGACCAACACAUCAAAUUGUAACACCUUCACCUUAUUUUUCUGAUUUUUCAUUUCCAACACCAUCAAAUACAACACAACAAAAUAAUUCAUUACCAUCAAAUGGUCGUCGUCGAUGGACAUCAUCAACAAAAACAAAAAUAAAAACUGCUGAAGGUUCUAUUAUUGCUGAUAUUGAUCAAAAUUCAAUUUCUAAUCAUCAUCAUCCUCAAAUACCAUAUUCAAAAUCUUUAUUUAAUAAUAAACAAUCUGAACAAGUUACAUCUAAACGUGCAGUACAAUCAGCUGGAACAUCUAAUCAAGCAUUACCAAAAUCGGCAUGGAAUGAUCAUGUUAUUGAAUUAAAUGCUAGCCAAAUAAAAUCUAAUGACUUGAAUGAUCAAAUAUCAUUUUGUAAAAUGAAAUCAGAAAAUAUUAAUCAAAGUUGGAUGCCAAAUUGGUUUUCUAAUACAAAAUCAAAUCAAGAUGAAAUUCAAGAUUAUGAAUCCGAUUUUGAAGAAUCUUCAGAUGAUGAUGAUGAUAAUGAUGAUGACGAUGAUCAUCAAUUAUUAAAUCGUGUUUCUUUAUCUUUCGAUGACAUUCCAACACUAGUUAAAUUAUCUAUAAUGCAUGAACAAAAUAAUGAUGAGAAAAAUAAAUCUCAAGAACAAAUCUCUUCUGAAUCAUCGUCGGCGGGCAGAAUGAGUCGUCGAGAUAUAUCCAAAAAUCCUGUUCCAAGUUAUUAUAAUGUAUCAAGAUCAGGAGAAAGUCAAUCGGGAACACGACUUGUCGGAGGCGAUCCAAUCAAGAAUAGUAAUAAAUAUUCAAAUACUCAACUAUUACGUGUCGUUGGAACAAGACAAAAAGCAAGAGUAGUUGAUAGUCUUGAUCUUGAAAAUCUUUUACAUCCGAAAGAAAUUCAUAUUGAUGCAGAAACUGAUGAUCAAAAAUCCCCGAGAUUUCAACAAAUGUCAAAUCGUCAAAGUCCAUUUCGUGAUCCAAGUUCCAACGACCGUAGAACACCAAAUACAGAUUGGCUUGAAAAUUCCAUAACUCAAAUUGAUCGUUUCAGUCGACGACAUCUUGGAAUGCUUGAAAACGAACACAUAGAAGAAUAUUUUACCAAUAGUACAUCAAAAUUUGAAAAUGACAAUGAUGAAGAACAAUUUACAAUACCUGAAUUACCUAGUGGUGAACAAUUAGUUUUAAAUUUAAAAACAACAUGGGGUGAUCGUCAUUAUAUUGGUUUAAAUGGCAUUGAAAUAUUUUCUAGUCAAGGUUAUCCAGUUAUAAUUCGAAAAAUAACAGCAGAUCCAGCAGAUAUAAAUAUUUUACCUGAAUAUGAUAAUGAUCCACGUGUUGUAACAAAUUUAAUUGAUGGUGUUAAUAAAACUCGUGAUGAUAUUCAUAUGUGGCUUGCACCAUUUACACAUAGUAAAAAUCAUUUUAUUUAUAUUACAUUUGAACAUCCAACAAAAAUUGCUAUGAUUAGAAUAUGGAAUUACAAUAAAAAUCGUAUUCAUUCAGCACGUGGUGUUAAAGAUGUUGAAAUUACUCUUGAUGGUUUUAUGAUAUUUAAAGGUGAAAUAAGUCAAGCUUGUGGUAAUAUAACAGCUACAAAUGAUCCAUCAGCUUAUGGAGAAACAAUUUUAUUUACAACUGAAGAGGAAAUUCUUGAAAAAAUUUCAACUUAUGAUGAAAUGUAUGUUGAUCAAGAAACAGCUCAAAAUGAUGAAGAAAAUAUACGAACAAAUACAAAUCGACCACCAACUGCUGGAACUGAUAUUCGACCAAUGACACGUGCUAUGUUACGAAGACCAUUUACAGCUCUUCGUUCAUCAAAUUCAAAUAAAGUACCAGAAUAUUAUGGAAAAAAAUUAAUUUUAACAAUAACAGAAACAUGGGGUGAUCAACAUUAUUGUGGUUUAACAGGUAUUGAAGUUGUUGAUAUAAAUGAUGUCGAUUGUGUAAUACAAUCAUAUGAUGCACGUCCACGUGAUAUAACUAUUCUACCAAAAAAUACUAAUGAUGUUCGAACACUUGAUAAAUUAUUUGAUGGUGAAAAUAUAACUUGUGAUGAUCAUCAUAUGUGGUUAUGUCCAUUUAGUAAAAAUGAAAAAAUACGUAUUAUAAUAUCAUUAAAUGCAUCGAAAAGAUUACAUGGUUUACGUAUAUGGAAUUAUAAUAAAUCAUUAGAUGAUGCUUAUCGAGGUGUUAAACGACUUCAUGUACAAUUAAAUGAUAAAAUUGUUUCACCAAGACAAGGUUUUCUAUUACGACGUGCACCUGGUCAUUGUUUUUUUGAUUUUGCACAAGAAAUUGUUUUUGCUCAUGCAAAAACAAUGCAUGAAAAUUCACAAAAAAAACAGCCGUUGGCUACUAAUCAUGACAUUGAGUCAGAUAUAUCAAUGCCAAAUGGAUUUAUUUAUGAAUUUCAACUUCAUUCAACUCAUGGUGAUGCUUAUUAUAUUGGAUUAAAUGGUUUGGAAUUUUAUGAUGAAAAUGGUGAAUGUAUUGGUUUAACUGAACAAAAUAUUGCUGCUUAUCCUCAUAGUGUAAAUAGUCUUAAUCCAGGUAAAGAUGAUGAUGUUCGUACACCGGAUAAAUUAAUUGAUGGUGAAAAUGAUGAAAUUGAUGGUACACAUUGUUGGAUUGCACCUAUUUUAGCUAAUGCUAUCAAUCGAAUAUUUGUUAUUUUUGAUCGACCAACAUCUGUAUCUAUGAUUAAAAUAUGGAAUUAUGCUAAAACACCAAAUCGUGGUGUUAGAGAAUUUUCUUUACUUGUUGAUGAUUUACUUGUAUGGACAGGUAUAUUAGAUAAUAUGAAUGAAAAUGAUGAUACAGAAGUGCCUUUUAAUACAAUUCUAUUUUCCGAUGAAAGAAUUCUUACUGAACAUGAAAAACAAACAGUUUUAGAAAAUAAAAGUUCAACAGAUAAUAUUUCCAGUCAAACAUCAAGCAGAGACAGAUCUGUUGAUUAUUCUCAACGGCCAACAACAUCCGUUCCACGUAAUAACAAACGACGUUAA